AUGAUUUUUAUUUUUGCCUACUUUCGAAAUCAAAGAUCUAAUUUUGGUAUGAAUAUCAAAAUGAAUAUGAAAAUCAAUACUGCAAGCAAAUUUCUUCCGAUAACAAAUGUUACUCCAUCACUUGCCGCCAUCAUUUCAGAACAAAUAACAGUGAUUGGAAGUAACUUUGUAUUAUCAACUAGCAUAACAAUCAAUACAACUUUUAUAUGUGAUACACCGCAAACUAUUAGUAGCACCCAAAUUAUUUGUAAUGCACCUGCACUUCCAUUUGUUGGAAAAGCCAUUGUUCAUGCAAGAAAUCCACCUUUAACCCCAAUAAAAUCCACUGAUACCGGAUUUAUCAUUGAUGUGGGUCUACCACCUGCACCAUAUAUCAACAGUAUUAAACCAAAUAUCUUGACGAAUCGAGCGUCGACGAACAGUCUUACGAUCACUGGAAAGUACUUCAUGCCAGAUGUCAAUGUUUUGAUCAAUAGUACAUAUCCAUGCAAUCUCCAAGUAAAGGCCACCGAAACAUCUUUAAUUUGCCAAUAUGCAGCUGUUCCAAUUGGAGGUACCAAUUCGAUGUAUCCAAUAACAACAGUUAAUUAUGGUGCAAGUUCAGAUCCAUAUUACAUGAAAUUCGACUUGCCAACCCCGGUUUUCGAUGUAUUCGAUCAACAAAUCCUUAUUGAAAAAGAUGUUACUUAUCUAUUCAAAGGUUCUUUAUUUGUUUGUGAUAAAGUAAAGAUUUCCCUAGAUGGAGAUUUCACUUAUUUUACUAUUCAAAAUUGCAAUCCAAACCAAGUAUUUGCUAAAUAUAGUACUGCUAAGACACUCAAAGGCCAAUUUCCUGCUAUUAUUUAUAAUGAUAACGUCGCUUCUAACUCUAGAGAAAUUACUUUUGUUCCACCAAAACCUAUUGUGGAGAGUGUUAGUGUAUAUGGAAUGUCUUAUAAACUUUUUGAUGGCCAAUUGGCUGUGUUUGGUACAGGAUUUAGAAGUGAUAUUACAAGUGUAGUAUUUGCUAAUUCGUAUUGUACAAUAAAGGAAUUGACUUCUACAAAAAUCCUAUGUCAAUGUCUUAAAGUAACAAAUUAUGGAUAUUUUCAGCUCCAAGUUUAUAAUACUGGUGCUGGAUCUGUAAUUUAUCCUGUUUUAUUGAGAUCAAUUCCAACAAUUACAUCAUUCAGUCCAAAUGUUUACCAGUAUGACCAAGUAACUAAUUUAAAUAUUGUUGGUGAUGAAUUUAAUACAGGUCUCACCAAAGUGUAUGUUGGAGAUGUACUCUGUGAUCCUGUGAGCAUAACAAGUAAAACUCAGCUUACCUGUCGUUUUCCACAGAUACAAAAAACUGGACCCACUCCAAUCUUUGUUAGAAAUACAGGACAUGCAGAUUCAAACAUUGUUUAUGUUGAUUACCGUCCACCAUUUGUAUAUAUAACUUCAAUUUAUCCCACCACAAUUUUGAAUACAAUUGAUAGUUUUAUUACUGUCAGAGGUCAAAAGUUUACUUCAUCCUCCACCUCAAUGUUGACUCAAUUGGAUAUGGCACUCAUAUCAGAAACUAUAUUUUCGAAUUCAUCUCAAAUCAUUGUAAAGGUUCUAGCCAGAAUUCGGAUGUCAAAACCUACAAUCACGUCAAUCACACCAUCUAGUACAUUAUACACCAAAGCCACUGUUAUUUCUAUCGUUGGUACCGGCUUUAUCGAUGGGGUCACCAAUGUAUUAGUCGAUAAUGUAUUGGUAACAUGUUCUGUUACAAACACAUCGGUGGUUUUCACCUCUCCACUCUUGAACAAAGUUGGAACUUUCAAUGCUGUUGUGUAUAACGGUGAUAGAGCUAUCAAUUCUACAAGCACUAUCAAAUAUUAUCCACCAACUCCAACUCUCACACAAAUUUCACCAAAUUCAGUUGAAAUCACAUCAGGUACAGCAAUAACUUUAACUGGUACAAACUUUAUUUCAGGAAUAUCGAAAUUACUUGGAAAUGGUGCAACCAUUCAAAUGACAAGCAUAACAUCAACCAGAAUCAUUUUCAACUCUCCAACCAACACAGCUGUAAAUGUUGUAUGUAAAAUUUCAAAUGCAGUUGGUUAUGAUUCCAAUACAUUAUCACUUACAUUCACAACAGUGAAACCAGUUGUUACCAGUUUUUCACCAGUUAAUGUAACAAAUAUCCAAUCGACCAGUAUAAUAGUCAAAGGUUCAAAGUUCGUUCCUUCAUACACAAUUUCAGAUGCUAUUUUCGAUAAUUCUAAAGUGAGAUGUACCACUUCAGUUUCAAAUCCAACAACUCUCACAAUCACCUCACCUGUAAAGGCUGAAGUUGGACCAAAGAUAUUCAUGAUUACCAAUGGAAAUUUGGUUACGAAUAUAUCAAUCAAUUAUGUCUCACCACCUAUAACAUUGACUUCGAUCACUCCCAAUUCAAUGAUUGGUAAUAUAGAACAAGUGAUCACAUUAAAAGGAACUGGAUUUGAUUCUAGACUUACAUCGAUUGAUCUUCCAAAUUUCACAUGUCCAUUCUCAUUUAUUAAUUCAACUGUUAUCAUUUGUAAAGCUGGAAAAUCAACCAACUAUGGAAUAAAGUCUUUAAGAUUGAAGAAUAUCAAUGAAUAUUCCCAAUCAAUAUACUUUCAGAUUGUGGAUCCUCCAAUGUUUGUGUUCUCAAUAGAACCAAAAUAUCAUCUUACAUAUGAACCAUCAACAAUAACCAUUAAUGGUCUAAACUUUCGCCCAAGUUCAGUUAUUAUUUGGGAUGGAAUACAUAUCGUUCCAGAAUUUGUUUCAGAGACAAGGAUAAUUGGAAAAAAACCUUUUUCAACCUAUUCUGUCGGAGUUGUUCUCAUCACUACUGUUUUCGGAGGCUUUUCAGCUACUCUUCCUAUUUAUUAUGUUAAUAAGCCAAAUCUCAUAAAUGCUUCACCAUUACCAAUUUAUUACAAAUUUCCAACAAACUUUAAUUCUUUAUUAAAUCUUAUAGGUGAAUAUCUCAUUGAUGAAAUAUAUACAGGAACAAAAACAAUUGUUACUUUUGGAAAUCAAAAUUAUACUCAGAUUAGUGAUUCUAUGACUUCAAUAUCAAUUUAUCCACCAGUAGAUCAAUUAAAUUUCAUCGAUGUAUUUGUUACCACCUAUGGUCAAUUUGUUUCAAAUACUCUUAGGCUACCAGUCGCUGUUGCACCACCAUUAUUUUCAAAUCUAAAUCCAAAGAUUAUGGUGAACGAUGUGAGUUAUUCUUUAACAAUCACUGGAUUAAACUUUUUGAGUGGAGAAACAAAUGUAUAUUUAAGUUUUGGAAAACUAUCAUGUUCAAAUACUUUUGAAACCAUCAUAUGUUCAGUACCUCCAACAAAUUUUUAUGGAAGCACACCUGUCACCGUCGAAAUGAUGAAAAAUAAUUAUACUUAUGGAGCUAUUACAUUUAGAAGACCAAACACCAUAAUCGAUACAAUAUCUCCAAGUCAAUUAUAUUUUAAUACAAUAAAUCAAAUGACAGUAACUGGUUCCAAAUUUUAUGAUGGCUCAACUUCCAUCAUUAUUUCAAAUCUCAAUGCAUUUCCAAAUCCAUCUUACUCGAUUUCAAGUGUGACUCAAAAUCAAAUUAUUUUCGAUUUAAAUCCAUUUACCAAGGUUGGAACAUAUUCGAUCAGUGUUAAAGUGGAUGGUUCAUUAAAUACAAACAGUAACUCACUGGUUGUUGAUGUAAUUCCUGGUAAAAUUACAAUUAAUUCGAUCAAUCCAAAUAAACUUCAAUAUGGAUUAAGCAAUCAAGUUGUCACUCUAAAAGGUUCAAACUUUUAUUAUGGAACUGUUAUUCAAUUGGAUUCUGUGAAUUGUCAGAUAUUAUCACAAACUGAAGAUACUAUUUUGUUUUCAGUUUCUGAAAUCACUUAUUUUGGAAAAUCAGAUUUUGUUAUUGUCCAAAGUCCACAAGCAGAUACACUGUUUAAUAUGGAGAUAGAUGUUCCAUAUCCAGUUAUCAAUAGUAUGAAUCCAUCAAAUCCAUAUUCUUAUCUUGGCAAAGAUAUCGAGAUAAUUGGUUCGAUUUUCACUCACACCAUCUCUGUUACUAUUAAUGGAAUUAAUUGUUUAACCAUUCGAAAUUCACUAAAUUCCAUCACAAUUACAACACCAAAGUUAAAAUCAGGAACUUAUCAAAUGCAGAUAUUCAAUACUCCAGAGAUUUUCUUGACAACAACCAUCGAAUUUAUCGAUUCAACACCGAUCAUUGAAUCGAUUUCACCAAUUUCAGCAAGCAUCAAUGAUAUGAGUAUGACAAAUAGUAUGAUCACAAUCAUUGGUUCACAAUUCGUCAACAACUAUUCAAUCAUCAAAAUUGGAUCCUACCAAUGCGAACCAAGAUAUAUCGAUGAAACUCUAAUUCGUUGUUUGAUGCCAGAGGUCACUGUUGAAGGUGAACUUUCAGUCAAUGUCAAGAAUGGAGAGAUGAUAUCAAACACAUUCCAUAUUUCAUACAUCAAUUCACUUCCAAUUACAUCUGUGACGCCUAAAUUCGUCAAUUAUAAUCAAUCCAACGAUAUCACCAUUACAAUCACUGGAUUUAAUUUCAACAAUCUACUUGAUAGUCAAGUAUUUAUUGAAAAUAAAUCUGGAACAAAGAAUCAAUGCAAUAUUCUCACAAAAGAAGAUGAAAUUAUAAUUUGUCGAUCUCAAAUGAUUCAAUUUGGAAAAUACCAAGUUAUCUUAUAUUCGAAAGAAUUACAUUCAAUUCCAUCUGAUUUCAGUAUUCUUGAUGAUUCAUUGGCUUGCAAAUCAAAUUCUGGAAAACAAGUAUCAUGGUGGUUCGCCAAGAAACUUCCACAAUCACAAUCAUACAUCUAUGCUGACAGUGAUUCUCAAGAUAUGAUUUAUCUUUCUGAUAUUUCCUCAAUUACAAGCAGUUUGGCACUCACUUUGAACCAAAUCAAACUUGAUAGCAAUACACACAAUGGAUAUGUUGUUUAUAAUGAUCAUCCAUGGUUUGAUGAUCUCAGUGGACAACUUUCACAUUCAGUUCAAGGAUAUCCAAUUGGUCAUUCAGGAGAACUCAAUAAAUCACUUGGAAAAGGUAUUCUUGUUGCUCAAACCUAUUUCAACUCAACAUAUUCACCUGGUUUCCACAUUAAGCAUUCAAUGGAAGGAUUCCCAGUUCCACUUCCAAAUGGAUUGUUCAAAACACCUUCAAGUCAUCCAUCAAGUUGGAUUCCAAACGAUUAUCAUUUGAUUCCAAAACAAGGUGAUGAUUAUUCACUUGGUCAUUCAUAUAUGUGUCAUUCAUUCAUUGAUUCAUCUGAUUUUGUGAAUGGAAUUCAAUCAUUGAAACCAUUCAUCUAUUCAUCAAACAGAUUCACACCAACUUCUACAACCAACAUAUUCUCAUCACUCUUUACUGACAGCACAACCAAUUCAUUCACAAGUAAAGAUUGGUCAAAAGGAUACUUUAUUUCUGCUGGAUUCAGAAAUGAUAUCUUUACACCAACAAGAAUUCAACCACUUUCAAUCACAUUGCCAUCGAAAUUUAAGAUUCCAUCAGGUGCAAAUGCAAUCACUGAUGUAAAGUUACCAACUGAAUUUAUCAUUCAAAAUAACAUUCCGACCAAGAUAUCACAAUGGAAAUCAGAUAUCGAUAAAAGUUAUAUUGCAUUCAAUGAUACACAUCUUUGUCUUGGUGAUUAUUCAUCAAAGACAUCGUUUGGUGGUGGAAUUGCAGUUUGUGUGAUCAAUCAAUUCUCAAGUGAAUUCUUUGUUGAAUCAAUCUUCAAAUAUCAACAACAAAAUUGUUCGACUUCCAAAUGUGAAAAUCAAAUUCAAAAUCAAUUCUUCAUUUCAAUCAAAUCAAAAUUAUUGUUGGACAAUACCUAUUCAAGCAAUAACAAUGAUUUACAAAUGAUUUUGAACAACAUCGAUUCAAUUUUACCCAAUACCAAACUCAGUGUUGGAGAUUCAGGAUGUUUUGGAAUAUUCUGUCCAAUCACAGCUCCAUACUCUGAAAUCAAAGUAAAUCCAACAGAUUCAGUUGGAAUAUUCUCAUUCAGAGGAAGUUACACACCUAUUUUCAAUUUGAUACUUCAAGAUACAAACAGUUCAAUCACAAUCAAAUCCAAUGGAUCUCCGAUAUCAUAUUCAACAUAUAAUAUCUCUGGAUCAUUCACUGCAAAGACCAAUGGUAAUAUCCAAAGUAAUAAUAUUAUCGUUGCAUAUAAAUUGAUCCAAAUUGUGAAGAAAGUCAGAGAUAAUCUUGGAUUUGGAACACUUGGAAAUAUUGAAUUGAUUUUAAAUGGCAAUGGUGUUGCAAUUCUAAAUCAACACAAUGAUAUUCCAAUCAAGAUAGACAGCAAUACACUUGAUGUUCAAUCAUUAUUCCGUGCAAUCAGUUAUGAUUUGAUUUUGCAGUUAAAUAGUGCAACUUCAAGUGUCGAACUUCCAGAAUUGAAUUUCGAUUCAUAUGAACUUUCAAAAUCAUCAGCAUUGUUGGGAGGAAUGAUCAAUUUCAUUUCAAUGAAACUCAGACAACUUUCACUUCCAAAUUUACCAAUUUCAAUGAUUCAAUCAAUGAGAGACAGAAAUCAACAAUUGAUUGAUAUUGAACAUUUCACAAGUUCAAGAAUGUCAAGAAGAAAUGCAAUUUUAUCACAAGGUUGGAUCACAUCAUACCUCUGGGAUUUGGUUGAUCAAGAGAAUGAUGAUUAUCUCAAUCCAUCAUUCAGAAGACCACCACACAGUGAUAAUAAUUAUGGAAAUCAAAUUGAUUUCAAAUACAUUCUCCAAACAAUUCAAAACAACUCUUUGAAUUCAGAUAUUCUCAUAUUUUCAGAACAAUUAUUCAAUAUUCUUCCACUUUGGAACACUCUCACAAUUCCACAUGCUCGUUCCAUCAUGAUCUAUAACAAUAUAUUCGAAUGUAACGAUUGUAAAGUUGAUAAUCCACCAACUGUCAGCAAUUCAACAGAUUUAUCAAAUAUAUUGCAAUCCAAAGGUGUUUGUAAAUCAUCGAUCGAUAACUUAAUUAUGCCAACGAUCGAUGAAGUUCAAUCAUUUGUUUCGUUUUGGUCAUCUUCUUCAACAAACAAUUGGAAUGACAAUCAAGGAAUAUCAAAUAUCUAUUCAUCUUCAUUCGUUUCACUCUAUAACAAUUCAUUGUUAUUGGAAUCAUUGAUUCAAGUUGCAGAUCCAACACUUUGUGAAUUCCAAAUCGAAAAUGGAUAUCCAGUCACACCAAAAGGUUUGGAGAUAUUGACAAGAGUUUUGGUCAAUCAAAUCAACAUUGCCAACAAAAUGAUCAAAUACAAUGAAGUUUCAACAUAUUUUGUCAAAACAGAAACAACCAAAGGAUUGACAAUCAUCACAUACAAGAAUUACCUUUGUGCAUUCGAUAUUGUUGAUGAAUCAUCAUUUGACAAUGGACAAGUCUUAUCACUUUGUCCAUCAGGUCCAAUUGUGACAUCGAUCACUGGAAACACAGGACCAACACAUUCAAACAACAAUGCAAUCACUUUGAUUGGUCGAAAACUCAGUGAAACUGGAGUCCAAGUUCAAAUUGGAUCAAAGAACUGUUCAAUUCAAAGUCAAUCAGAUUCUCAAUUGAUUUGUCAAGUUGGUCAAGGUGUUGGAACAUUACCAAUCAUCUAUUUCAAUGUUAACACUAAACUUCCAAAUGAAACACCACUCGAUAAUUAUGUAUUUCAAUUCAAUCAACCAGUUAUCACUUCAUUAUCAACCAACAGUCCAGUUAAGACCUAUGGACAAAAGAUCACAGUUUAUGGAAACAACUUUGGAUUCACCAAUGAUGACACAACUUUAUUUGUUGGAGAUAUUCAAUUCAACAUUGAAACAUUCUCAACAUCUGGAAACUCAGAACUAUUGAUUUUCACAUCGAAUGGAACUGGAUACGGUAACAUUGUUUCUGUUUAUGUUGGAGACCAAAAUUCAGAAUUGAAUAAUCAAUUCACCAUCGAUUACAAUGCACCUGUUAUCAAUUCAAUCUCUGUCGAUCGAUCACCAACCUAUGGAGGUGGAGCGAUGACAGUAUCCGGUACUUCAUUCGGUCUCUAUGGUGAUAUAUCCAUUAAAAUUGGAAGUAUUGAAUGUUCAUCAACAAUUAGAAUCGAUGAUAAUGCAGCAAUUUGUAUAAUUCCUCCACAUGUGGCAGAUCACCAUGUAACCAUUGUGGUUGGUAACCAAUUCUCAUCGGAAGGACCAAUGUUCAAAUAUGACAGACCAGUGAUCUUUGAAGUUUUACAAACAAACAACACACCAACUUCAGAACCAAGUAGUUUUUGGAUUAUUGGAAAAGAUCUUGGACCAAAAGGUUACGAAUUCCCAUAUAUUUCAUAUUUUUUAAACCUGACGGUUGUCGAAUGUGAUGAUGAUUAUACAUGUUAUUACAAUAAGACUUACACUGACGAAAAUGACAAUGACAUUCCAAUACCAACAGAUCCUUACCAUGAUGGGUAUUUUGAUGCAUAUGUGGCAAUGAAUUCAUCAUAUCGUUCAGUUGUCAACUUUGAUUGCAUUCAAUGUGUUCUCAAUCCUGGAAUUGGACAUAAUAUUCCAGUGAAUAUAUCAUAUUAUGAAAUUUUCUCGAAUAUCAUCAAUGACUCACUCUCAUUCAAUCGUCCAACGAUUUUGAAUGUCACUGAAAACCAAAGUAAUACAGAUGGUGGAGCAUUUAUUUCAAUUAUUGGUUUUGAUUUCGUUCCAAAUGAAAUCAAUGAAACAAUCGAUUAUUUGACAACAAAUCCAGCAUAUACUUAUAAUGACGAGUAUAUUUACAAUCUUGAAGGACCAUUGACAUACAGCAAUGCAAGUAUUGCACAAUAUCUAUUCAACAAUAUUACUUUUGUCAAUUCAACAUUGGUGACUGCUCAAAUUCCACCUGGAAUCGGUGCAAAUCACACAAUAUCACUUUUCAUUGGUGGUCAAAAUUCAACACAACUCUUCAACUUUUCAUACAAUGCUCCAAAUAUAUCAUCGAUUUCAUAUUCAGAUACAAUUGGUCAAAAUAUCACAUUAUCAGGUUGCAACUUCGUUCCCAAGAAUGUUUCAUCUGGAAAUUCAAGUUUUGUUUUGAUCAACGGAACUGAAUGUCAAUCACCUCAAUGGAUUUCAUCAAACACAAUCAAUUGUACUGCUUAUCCAGGUAUUGGAAAGAAUUUAACAUUAACUGUAUCGAUUGGAGCUCAAAACAAUACUGACAAUACAACAUUCUCUUAUAAUCCACCAAACGUAAAUAAUGUGACAAUGAGUAAAACAGAUGGUGAGAUUAUUUCGAUUAUCGGUGAUAAUUUCGUUCCAGCCAACAUUUAUGCUUUCAAAUCAAAUGUAACGAUUUUCAAUGAUCUUUGUGAUAAUAUUAACUGGAUCAAUGAGAAUAAUAUUACAUGUACUGCUAAAGCUGGAAUUGGAAAGAACUUAACACUUUCUGUUAUUGUUGGAGACCAACAAUCAACCAAUAAUAAUGUAACAUUCUCAUAUUUACCACCAACCAUCAAGAAUAAUGUGACAACCGAUACAAAAGGAGGUUCAGUUAUCAUUGAAGGAACCAACUUUGUUCCACAAAACAUCGAACCAAAGAAUUCAAAUAUUACGAUAAAUGACAACAACUGUCAGAAUAUCGAAUGGAGAAGUUCUUCCUCCAUUAAAUUUGAUGUACCACCAGGAAUUGGAAAUAAUCAAACUUUUGUUAUUUUUGUUGGAAAUCAAACAACUGAUCAAAAACAUUACUUUGACUACAACAAACCAAAGAUAUCGAGUAUUUCUAAAUCCAAAACAGAUGGUGAACAAAUUACUUUGGCAGGUACAAACUUUGUGCCACUGAAUGUUGAACCAAGAAACUCUAAUCUUACAAUUGGAACUCAAGCAUGUAAUAAUAUUGUUUGGAGUAGUGAUACUCAGAUUCUUUGUACGAUUCCAAAAGGUAUUGGAAAGAGUUUGAAUGUAACACUUUUUGUUGGAAAUCAGACCACUGAAGAUAAACCAACUUUUGAUUAUAUUGCACCUUCGAUUAGCAGUGUAACGAAUUCAAAGACAAGUGGUGAAUCAAUCACUCUUCAAGGUUCAAACUUUGUUCCCGAAAACGUUGAACCAAAGAAUUCAAACAUCACAAUUAACAAGAAUGUCUGUAAAGAUCCAGUUUGGACAAGUUCAUCACAGAUCAUUUGCACAGCACCAUCUGGUAUUGGAAAAGAUUUAGAAUUAUUAUUAUUUGUUGGAAAUCAAUCUACCACAACCAAAUUCACCUAUAAAAUUCCAAAAUUGGAUGAUACAAAAUACAAAGGAAAUCCAUCUGGAGGUGAUUGGAUAAUAAUCAAAGGUGAAAACUUUAUUCCAAGUGAUUUCGUUCAAGAAGUCAAUCAAAAAACACAAGAUAGUAACAAUUCAGUAUCGAUUGCCGACAAACAAUGUCAAUCAGUGGAAUGGGUAGACUUUAACACUGUUAAAUGUCAGAUUCCAUCUGGAACAGGUAAAGAUAAGAAUAUAAAGGUUACUGUUGGAACUCAGAGUUCAGAGAACAAUCAAUUGUUCAGUUAUAAUGCUCCUGUUGUCGAAUCUAUUUCUCCAGAUAAUGGUGAACAAUCCUCAAAGAAACAAGUCACAAUUAAUGGAAUAAACUUUGGUUCAAAUCCUACAGCCACAAUUGGAGAUGCUGGUGAGUGUCAGAGUGUCGUGGUUCUAUCAAAGUUGAAUGACAAAGAAAGAAUUCAAUGUAAUGUUCCAGAAUAUAAUACAAAUGGUGCACAAAUCGUUAGUGUAACAUUGGAUGGUCAGAAAUCAAAUGAAACCAAUGUUAAAUAUACAUACAAUGGUGAUCCAAAGAUUGAUUCGAUUUCACCCACCUCUGGAUCUGUCGAUGGUAACUUUGAGAUGACUGUUUCUGGAAAGAACUUUAAGAAUGGCGAUGCAACAGUGACUGUCUACUUCAACUCGAAAUCGAUUACACCAACAUCUAAAUCAACUGAUACCAUCAAAUUUACAGUUCCUGAAGGUGGAGGUACCAGUAUUGCACUUUACAUCAAGGUUGGCAAUUCACAAAGUAACACAAACAAUGACUUCUCAUAUGAUGCACCAAAGAUAAUAUCGAUCACACCAGAUGAAGGUCCUUAUGACCAAGAAACAUCAGUCAGUAUCUCUGGAUCAAAUCUUGGUCUUUCAUCUGAUUCCUCUUCGACCACAAUCACAGUUGGUGGAAAACCAUGCUCAAUGAGCUGUACAGUUCCCAGAAACGAAGAUGAAGGAGAAGUAUAUGUUCAACUUACUUUCAAAUCUCAAAGUGCAUCCACAACAUUCAAGUACACCAAAGAAGAUUCAAGUAGCAGCAGUGAUAGUAGUGACAGCAGUGACAGUAGUCAUGGUAGUGAAGGAAGUCACGAAGAUUCAACUACCUCAACCACAGCAUCUACUACUGGUGGAGGCACUGAUGGCGGUGGCCCUGGAAGCACUGGAGGUGGUCCUGGUGGUCCUGGUGGUCCUGGUAUUGCACCUCCAAUUUUCCCAGCGAUUGGAGGUGGGGAUGAUGAUGAUGGAGACCAUACAACUGGUGGUACUUCCACAACAGGUGCAAUAACAACCGGGGAACCAACAACAGGUUAUCCAACCACAACCAUAUUGACAACUUCUACAACCGGUGGAACUACAGAUGUAGUAACAAGCUCUGCAACAUCAACAACAUCUACUACUAUCAGUACAGACUCAACCACCGAAAGUACAAUCACAACAAGCGGAUCAGAUAAUUCCACCACGUCAACAACUGGUGAAUUUACCACCACUUCCACCUCUACCACUUCCACAACUGGUGAAAGUACAACCACCGAUGGAGAACCCACUUCCACAUCUACCACUGGUGAACCAACAACAGUAUCUACCUCCACCACUUUGACCACAAGUAUAGAUUCAACAACCUCGACUACAUCUGAUUAUUCUACUACAACAAGUGGAGAUUCAAUUACGUCGACCACAGCAUCUACUACUGGUGGAGGCAAUGAUGGCGGUGGCCCUGGAAGCACUGGAGGUGGUCCUGGUGGUCCUGGAAUUGCACCUCCAAUUUUCCCAGCGAUUGGAGGUGGAGAUGAUGAUGAUGGAGACCAUACAACAGGUGGUACUUCUUCAACAACUUCCACAACCUCGACAAGCUCCCUGACUUCUGGUGGUACAGCAUCCACCUCAACAACUGGUGAAUCUACAGCAAUAACAACCGGAGAAUCAACUACCUUAACACCAAACACAACAACUACCUCUACAACUUCUACAACGGGCGGAACUACAGAUGUAGCUACAAGCAACUCUACAACAUCAACAACAUCUACUAUCAGCACAGAUUCAACAACUGGAAGUACAAUCACAACAAGCGGAUCAGAUAAUUCCACCACUUCAACAACUGGAGAUCCCAUUUCCACCACUUCAACAACUGGAGAUCCUUCAACAACCACUUUUACCACAGCCGGAGAUUCAUCAACCUCUUCUACUUCGACAACAGCUGGAGAUUCGACAACCACUACAACAAGUGGUGAUUCAACAACCUCUACUACUUCGACAACUAGUAAUGAUUCAACGACUUCGAUAAUAUCUGAAGAUUCAACAACUUCGUCAUCAGAUUUAACAACCUCUUCUAAUUCGACCACUGGUGGGGAUUCAACAACAGGUUCAGCAACUUCGACAACAAGUGUAGAUUCAACAACCUCUUCUAAUUCGACCACUGGUGGAGAUUCAACAACUUCGACAACAAGUGAAUCAACAACGUCUAUCCCCACUUCAACCACAGGUUGGGAUUCAACAACAUCAUCCACUUCUGGUGAUUCUACUACAACAGGUGGAGAUUUAUCAACUUCGACAACUGGCGGUACAAACACCACUGGAGAACUUACUUCAACCACUGGUGAGGAUCCUUUGACAUCCACCUCUACAACAAGUGGUGAUUCCACAACCUUUACUGAUUCAUUAACCUCUACCACAACUGGUGAUUCAUCAACCUCGGCUUCAUCUGGAGAUUCAUUAACCUCGACAACAUCUGGUGAUUCCACAACCUCUACUACAUCUGGAGAUUCAUUAACCUCUACCACAACUGGUGAUUCAUCAACCUCAACAACUGGUGAAGAUUCCACAGCUUCUACAACUGGUGAAGAUGUAUCAACUUCGACUACAAGUGGAGAUUCAUCAACUUCUACAACAGGUGUAGAUCCUUCUACAUCCACUUCUACCACUGGUGCAGAUUCAACAUCCUUGACCACAACUGGAGAUUCUAUUACCAGUUUCGAUUCAUCAACUUCGACAACAAGUGGUGAUUCAGUAUCAACAAAAUGA